AUGUCUACUAAGACCAAGAAAAAAUUUCAGCAGCUCCUUCGUGUAUCUGCGGCCCACACCAACCCACCUACACCUACCUGCAAUGCCAAAGCUAUACAUAAUGCUACCACAGUUACCAUACCACCGGAAACCGAAAUUCUUCUUAGUCUCGGUCCACAGUUUGCCCUACCGUACACAUCGCUACAUGACAUUCCUUUCUAUCAUAUCAUCGCUGACAUAGAAAAUAUUCUUACGAGCAUCCCUGAGAAAAACAUUAGAGAAUACAAGCGAUGCGACGCAGUAAAUAUCAUACAAAAUUUCAUUCAUAGUUUUGAUGAUAAUCCAAGAGACUCGCUAUCAUGCUUUCUACAACAUGCAUGCAAAACUACCAAACGUUUUAUCAAAAGUCAUCCCGAUAUAAUCAUUGUCAACUCAGAUAAAGGUAAACAGACAGUCGUAAUGUAUGAAAAGGAGUACGACAGUAAGAUGUGCGAAAUGCUAUCAGACCAAAAUACAUAUAAACCUAUCAAACAGAAUCCCACAUCAGGUUACCAACAGCAGAACAACCACCUAGUAAAAAGGCUGCACAACCUCGGACUAAUAGACAAGGAAACAGCAAACCAACUUUCCACCCAGACAGCCCAAAGCCCACGAAUUUACGGACUCCCCAAAUCACACAAACCGAAUCUCCCACUUCGACCAGUUGUGCCCAACAUAAACGCGCCGUCAUAUAUGCUAUCCAAAUUCAUUGGCCGCAUACUACAGGCAUCGAUCAACAGCCGCUAUAACGUAUCAGACUCUUUCUCCUUUUGCCGUUUUAUUAACUCCGUUCAACUACCUGAAGAUCAUAUCUUGGUUUCAUUCGAUGUUGUAUCACUAUUUACAUGCAUUCCCCGAGAACUAGUCACACACACAAUCAUUGAACGCUGGACAGAUAUUAAGCUGAAUACAAACAUUAAUCUGGAUCUAUUUCUGGAAGUAACCACAUUUUGUUUGGAAUGUAGUUAUUUUUCAUACCGUGGAAAACACUUCCGGCAAGUCUUCGGAACAGCGAUGGGCAACCCUUUGUCCCCCACUGUUGCCGAUUUAGUCAUGGAAGCGCUUUUAGACUCCGUUAUUGCUAAACUUGAUUUUCCGAUUCCUGUCUUGAGGAAGUACGUUGACGACUUAUGCCUGGCCCUUCCGAAGGACAAAGUGAACGACGUUCUUUCCACAUUCAACGAGUACAACAGCAACAUUCAAUUCACCUGCGAAAUCGAGAACAACAAGAGACUCCCGUUUCUGGAUAUGGUUUUAGUUCGACAGCCUGAUCAGACCGUUAAAACCGAAUGGUAUGCCAAACCGAUGGCAUCAGGACGGUUUUUAGAUUAUUUCUCUACCCACCCAUUGCACAUGAAAAACAAUGUUGUCACUAACUUUAUGCGACGUGUGAAAGAUUUUAGCACUAAUUUAUCACCAAAGGAAGUUAAAACAAUCAUCGAUAGACAUCUGAAAAUUAACCACUAUCCCACCCAUCUAAGAAACCGAUAUACCAACAGAAUCAACGAACGAUCAUUACCAAUCAACCAACCAAACUCGCAAGAUUCGGCCAAAACAUAUAAGCCACUGAUUUAUGUUCAGAAUCUUUGCAGUAGACUAACAAAGCUGUUUCGAACAGAUUUGCCAAACACCACUUUAGCAACACGGAACGAACGCACGGUAGGAGCUAUGUUCACAAAUAUGAAAGACAAAUUAGCAGCUGAAAACCAACACAACGUGAUUUAUCGUAUUCCGUGUGGCAAUUGUGAUGCCUCUUAUGUAGGGCUAACGACAACACAGCUCAAGAAAAGGCUUAGCAACCACCGUUCGAACAUUAACAAACUGGAACAACUCCUAAACCAGGAACACACUAGAGACACCAACACUCACGAAAUAGCACACCUGAAGGAGAAAACAGCACUUCUUCAACACAGCAUAGACAGCAAUCACCGGUUUAACCUGGAAAAAACAAUAAUUCUGGACCAUCAUCGCCGACCGUCUGCACUUCCUAUUCUCGAAGUUUGUCACAUCAUGAACACCGAGCAUACCGUAAACAAACGCACUGAUGUCGAUUGUCUUAGUUCGACUUACGCAGGAAUAUUACACACACUAAAGACCAAAAUAGGCAAUAGAUCAGAAUUAUAA